AGUGGGAGGUCGCUGCGGGGUUCGUGAUGGCGGCUGCCGGUUUGAUCAGGAAGGGCGCCACCAGCUGCUCCCGACGCUGCUUCCUCGGGGGUUUGUCGUCACUUUGGCGGCGGGGCUGCGCCGGGGUGUCGGUGGAUGAUAUGGUGAAUGGUUUGAACGCGGAGCAGCGGCAGCUUAGGCAAACCAUGACCAAAUUCUGUCAGGAACACUUAGCUCCAAAGGCUCAAGAAAUUGAUCGGGAUAAUGAAUUCAAAGAUAUGAGGGAAUUCUGGAAGAAGCUUGGGGACCUAGGAGUUCUGGGAGUUACAGUUCCAGUUGAAUAUGGUGGAUCAGGGAUGGGCUAUCUGGACCAUGUACUGAUAAUGGAAGAAAUAUCUCGGGCUUCAGCAGCGGUUGCGUUAAGCUACGGUGCUCAUUCAAAUCUGUGCAUCAAUCAGUUGGUGAGGAAUGGCAACGAAGCACAAAAAGAGAAAUAUCUACCCAAGUUGAAUAGUGGAGAGCAUAUUGGAGCACUAGCAAUGAGUGAAUCCAAUGCUGGUUCUGAUGUUGUCUCCAUGAAGCUGAGGGCAGACAAAAAAGGGGAUUAUUUUGUUCUAAAUGGGAACAAAUUUUGGAUUACUAAUGGGCCAGAUGCUGAUGUUCUGAUUGUUUAUGCUAAAACAGACCCCAGUGCUGUUCCAACUUCUCACGGUAUAACAGCAUUCAUUGUGGAAAAGAAUAUGCCUGGUUUUAGCACAGCACAAAAACUGGAUAAACUGGGAAUGAGAGGGUCAAAUACCUGUGAAUUAAUCUUUGAGGAUUGCAAAGUUCCUGCUGAUAAUAUAUUGGGACAAUUAAGCAAAGGAGUCUAUGUGUUGAUGAGUGGCUUGGAUCUAGAGAGACUCAUUCUGUCUGGUGGACCACUGGGUAUUAUGCAGGCAGUGCUAGACCAUGCUGUUCCGUAUCUGCAUAUCAGGGAAGCAUUUGGGCAGAAAAUUGGCCACUUCCAGUUGAUGCAGGGUAAAAUGGCUGAUAUGUACACCCGAUUGAUGGCAUGCCGGCAAUAUGUAUAUAACGUAGCAAAGGCGUGUGAUCAAGGACACAUCAAUGCAAAGGACUGUGCGGGAGUGAUCCUCUAUUCUGCAGAAUGUGCUACUCAAGUUGCUUUGGAUGGAAUCCAGUGUUUGGGGGGAAAUGGCUACAUCAAUGAUUAUCCCAUGGGACGUUUUUUGCGUGAUGCUAAAUUGUAUGAAAUUGGGGCAGGGACAAGUGAGGUGCGCAGAAUAAUAAUUGGUCGGUCAUUUAAUGCUGCUUUUGUUUAAUAAGACUGUUGUAAAGAAGAAUUGAACUUCAAACCAGGAUGCCUUUUCUUUCCAAAUCUUCAACCAUGCACAACUGUUGUUCUGCACCUGGAUAGUAGGAUAUCCACUCCAUUUAUCCUUUUUAAAAUUAUUAUGCUGCUAAAUUUAAGAACAUGUGACUGUUACAGUGGAACAAAAUAGGCAGUUCAGGUAGAAGAUGUGAAUAGCUGCUAUCAAGUCUUAUUGUAGAAGAUUGAGAUUUCAUCCAGUUUGAAACGUUGCCUGCGUGAGAAUCACUGAACUACGUUUUUCCACCUGACAUGUCACUUUUAUGAAUGAAAAUAGUGGGGUUCCAAUGCAUCCUAGUUCCAAAAUGCUAUCAGAAUGCAUGGAGAUCUUUGAUUACCGGGUUUUGUGAAAUUUUAGGUCUAUUUGAAUAUUAAAGAGGCUAUUAAAACAUUGUUAAAAUGUGAGGUAUGUAUUUCUGUGUAUUCUGUCUCAGUGUUAACUGAAGUAUAUUAGCACCACAUGAAGCUUGCAGUUAUUGAUAGACUGCCAUUUCAUGUUUGAUUUGUGUCAGUGUCAUUAUCUAUCACUCCAGGAGCAAUUAAAAUAUUAGGCAGCUGCUUCACUGAGAGAUUGUUGGUUCUCUCGAAAAUUUCCCCUUGAUUAAUACAGGAUAUAUUGCAAGUAGGAAAAGGACCAAAUGUUUUGUGCUAUGCCAGAGUUUCUGUGGAACAGGCAAGAAAAAUCUAUAUUAAACUCAAGAAGGUGGUGCAAAAAUUCCAUGACAACACAGCCAGUCUGACCAGAGGGGAAAAAAACUAGUAAUUUUUUUUCCAAAUUCAGGAGGCAUCUUUGACCUAAACCAGCAGCACAGAGUAUACAUUUUUUUAAAAAUACCCAUAUCCAAUUUUUCCUUCUUAACUAAAUUGUACAUAAAAAAAGGAUUGUUGCUUCUGAACUAACCUAUUGCAAUGCAAUCCACACAAUUGAAUUAAUUCUACAUUCCAGAAAUCAGUGCCUGAUUUAAAAAUGAUUUGAAAAUCUCAAUGGAAAAAUUAUAUAUUUCACAGAUUGCAUAUAGGAUUCCUGAAAGUUAAUUUUUAAAAGGGAGAAUUACAUUUGAAGAUGAGAAUUUCCAAUACAGUACUCUGUUAAAUCGCAGCACAUAUAUAUUCCAUAACAAUUCAAUUAUGGUUUUUCCAUAUCACAUAUUAAUUAGCCUGUGAACUUUGGUUUCAUCUUUUUAAAGUAUUAAAUAUACGGCAUGGAAGCAAUUACUCAAUGUAGAAAUGAAGUUUUAAAAUGCAAUAGUAUAACUUUCUCCUAUGUGUUGAGCUCAAAGAUCAAUUACAAUAUUUUUUCUUAAAAUCAUGAAGUGUUAUUAUAAUAUAAUUUUAUCACUUCUAUUGUAAUACUGUAAUUAAUAUAGCCAAUCAAGUAAGGGAUUAUUAAUAAUUCAAAUCAAGCUGGAACUUGGUUCCAAAACUUGCCACAUGGUAUCUAGAGAUAAAAAAAAAAACAUAAUUUUUAAAAAGCAUUUAAUCAAUCUUAUGAGAUUUUUCAUAGGUCACUAUAAAGAGUAUAUUGAUCUUUUUUAUACGAAGGGUUCUCUCUAUUCCUUUUAAGCUGCUUUUGCUGUAAUAAAACAUGGGGAAAUUGCUGGUUAAUUAGUAGCUUUGUAAGAUCACUAGUAUUAAUAAACAAUUAUAAAACAAA